AUGCCUAAGCGUCCGGGUCCGGGCGCUCAAUCUUCCCUAUUUCAUUAUUUUGCAAAAACUCCCAAAACGUGCAGCAGCAGCCGAGAUGGCACUACUGCUGUUGAAAGCACGUCGCAAGAAGAAGAAACCAUGUGCGAAAGUCAAGCUUCUACCGCGACUGAGCCAGCUCAACCUAGUGAGGUAAGUGAGGAGAUUAAAAAACCGGGGCACCCUUUAGAUGUCGGGAAGUACGUUAAUCAAAGGAUUGACGACGAGAUGAAACUUAAACUUCUCAGCACUCCAUGGAUUCCGGAAGAUUCAUUUCAAUUUCCUGUAAGUGAAAAACGAAACCUGCGGUUCCAAAGGCAGUGGCUGACCCGGUAUUCCUGGCUCGUGUACACUGAAACUGAUGGUGCGCUUUGUAAAUAUUGCGUUUUGUUCUCGAAAGAAUUUUGCGGAAAAGGAUUCAAUCAGAAGGUGAAGUCGCUUGUAAAAGAACCGUAUAAAAAUUGGAAAGAUGCUUUGGAAACGUUCACUGCACAUGAGAAGAAGAACUAUCAUCAGGAGGCGAUGAUAAUCGGUACCAACUUCCUGAAAACAUCGAGAGAUAGAAAUCUAGACAUUAGGAACAUCGCCGAUGCUGUAAGGAAGAAACAAGUGGAAGAAAAUAGGAACAGGUUAUUUCCCAUAGUCGAGACCAUUAAGCUUUGCGGACGGCAAGAGCUCGCACUCAGAGGAACAGACGAUUCAGGACCAAUUUUAGUAAAAAGUGACGAGCCUGUGAUCAACGAUGGGAACUUCAGAGCACUACUAAGAAUGAGAAUCAAAUGUGGGGAUGAUAGAUUAAUCAAGCAUGUUGAGAAUGUUGCUCUGAAUGCUUCAUAUGUUAGUUCCAAGAUUCAAAACGAAUUGAUCAAUAUUUGCGGAGAAAUAGUUCAAAAACAAAUAGUAAAGAAUGUCAAUGAUGCCCAAGUGUUUUCAAUAUUAGUCGAUGAAACAGCAGACAUAUCCAGACAAUAA